CGCGCACCCAAAAGCCCGAUUUCUCUUGUAAUAUUCUGUGAAAUACUUGAUACACGUACCAUUUGCCUGUGAGUUCAUACGCUUUUGACCUUCUUUUUGUGAACAUAUACCCUUUGUCCGACAGCAAUUCAUGUUCUUUGAUCUACUAUCUAGCAAGUCUAGAGCCAUGCCUUUGUUCAAGCUUUCCCUAACACAAAGAGACCGUUGUAGUAUCACAACUUGAAGUCUUCUUCGAACUCUACAAUCCGGAUUGUUUUUCUUCCUGUUGUUUCUGUUUUCUAAACAGCUGCUAUCACUCUCUUUGAAAUAUCUUGUUUUAGCUGUCAUCAUAUUAGAUCGUGGUAUGGUGAUUUCUGCUACCUGCAAGGCUAGAUCGUCAACACGCUCGUAUAAACAGCUGGGCUCGCACUAACAGAGCUACGUGAUACUAUUCUCAUCUACAGCAACAUGGCGAACUCAAGCAAAGGCCAGAGCCAGUAUACAGAGGAGUCCAACCAGCGAUUUAACCAGUUCUCGCCUAGCCGCUUCGACUUUGAGACGUUCAUAGCUGAAAAUAUAGCUGUAGAGCUUCAACAACCGCCGCCUCAAGACGAAAACGGAUUACAUUACGAUAGCUUCGAUGACUAUACGAACAUUGAUCUCGCGCUAACGAUACCGUACUCGAUAGAAGAGCCAGAAUCAGGAACCCUGGGACCAUAUGAGCGGGAAGAUGGUUUUCACGGGAAAACCCUAUUUUCGGAGCAGCCUUACCAAAAUUCAGCGCAGCCUCUCCAGGUCCCAGAGCAGCCAUUCCAAGUACUACCACGUCUCGAAGUACCUCAGAUGAAGCACGGUUCAUCGUCAAUUCCUGUAACCGUUACAUCUCCUCUUGACCAAACGAAUCGGCAGCCCUACGCUGUAGGUCCAUAUGGCUCCCAGCCCAAUGUUCCCCGGUCUUAUCUCCCUAGACCACAUAUCACUCAACCCUACGUCUCUCAACCAUACGGAGGUCAGUCUUAUGCUCCUCAGUCCUACGCUCCUCAACCCUAUUUCUCCCAGCCUUAUGCCGUCCAGCCGAAUGCCCUUAAUUCCUACCUACAUAAACCCUGGCAAAACUCCGCACCUAUUACACGGCCUUCUUCGGCUCUUGCUAUUCCUAGACCGAUGGACCAACCCCUAAAAGGAACCUAUCUGAACCCAAUUCUCAACCACUUCAGCUGCCCAAGCACCCCUCUCCAGGUCAUCGACAACUACAAGUACCCCUUCGAGGACGAGCUUCAGCGAGCUCUAGAAGCAGAACUUAAACGCCAGAACGAGAUAUCCAAGAAGCAGAGCCUUGCAGAUUACUACCAAGCAGAGCUCAGACGCCGCCGUGAAUCAAACGAGGUAUUAGAGGCGAAAAUCGCUCAAGUAGCUCAGGAUCUACCAGUCCUAAUUACACCUGCCCCAACUCCCAUCAGAGAUGGCACCAAAACGCCACGGAACAAGCGACCUAUAAACAUCAGUAACAAUGAUCCGAAGAAAUGGUACCGACCCCUUCCUAUGGCACCGGACUCAUGGGGAAGUAUCAACCCGGACACACAGGAUCGCACUUUCAACUACACUAUCCACGGGGAGCUCAACCCGCGGGAUCGGUUUAGCGUCCAGCAAAUGUCUGAAUACAUCAGUUCUCACCGCGCAAGACUCUGGAUCCAAACCGUCCCAGCUGACAGCGGGCGUCGCUACCCUACUAAAACCUCAGAUAAAUGCCGCUUUAUCAACUGUCCGGAUUCUAACCGCACAAUCCGCAAAGGAGACUAUCGCGUUGCUUUCGACGAGCAACCCUCAAACACGGAUAAAGAUCCUUUUCACAACGCAGCCUACACUCAUCUCUAUUGCCUCGAGAAGUUCCUAGAUUUUCCGCAGAUUUGCAAAAACUUUGAUGUUCGCCCAGAUGUUCGCAAAUUGAAAGAAGGUAAGAACAAGAUGGCAAUUACCCGCGAUCAUAAGAGUAUGGAGGGCAUUGUGUUGGAUUUUAUCCGCAACUCGGUCGAAUGGCGUUACUUUGACGGAGGUGUUCGGCCGCUUGAGUACUACGAGUUCACACUUUGCUCAAAGUUAACGAGAGAGCAUCUCGCUAAGCAGUCUAAACAUAUCCAAACAGUGCGUGAGCAGCGUGGCGGUAACACGAUAGACAUCCACCAGAACAACCUCGAUGUAUUUGUAGCAAACCAGCAUAUCCGAAAGCGUCAAGCGGAUGAAAAGAAUUCUGUGUCUGGAUCCGUAAAGGGUAAGAAGAGGGGGAGGAAGCGCUCAAGUAGGGAUAAGUCUACGAGGCAGGAGAGCGAUGAGAGUGGACUUGAUAAUGAGAUCCUGCAGAGAGGCCUCUCGUUUUCUGCCCCUGUUCUUGAGUAUCAGCCUCAACCUGAAAAGAUCAAGAGAAAGGGCAUGUCUCCACCAAGCCCUUCCUCCGGGCCUCGCCAGAAGAGGAGAAAGGAAAAUCGACAAACAGAGGAAAGCGAUAAUACUGAAGUUGAUGGUGAUUUUGCCAACGAGGUUUCUUUUCCUUCAUGCCUCAGCCUUGAUACCGGAAGUGUUGGUCCGCAGACCUAUACAAUUGAAAUGUAGGGGGCAAUGAGGGGUACGGGCAAUCCCGGCCAGGGGGACAGACCCCUUCUAGAGGCGAACCGGGGGCUAUUCAAGGAGUGGUAUAUAUUCUGACUCUUAGACACUCUUCACAAUACACAC